GAAGCGGAAUUAUUAUGAUGUCCGAGUCUCCAAAAACCCAACUCAUUCGCUGCUACGAAGGCAAAAAUGUUGCUGAUGCCUAUGCUAAGUAUAGACCUUCUUAUCCCAAAACAGUACCAGAAGCAAUAAUCGGGUAUUUAAGAAAUGAAAUGGGAGUAGGUGCCCAGGCAAAGUUUGAGAGAAUGCUUGAUGUUGGUUGUGGAUGCGGACAGUCAACUUACAUUUUUGCCGAUUACUUCAAGUCGAUUGUAGGAAUCGAUAUUAGUGAAGCUCAAAUCGAACAAGCUAGAAAGCUAAAUCAAUUCGAAAACAUAUCGUAUCAGCUUGUUCAUGGAAAUGCUUUUCCGUUCAAAGACAAUAGUAUCGAUUUAAUAACUUCUGGAACGGCGGCUCAUUUUUUCGAUAUACCGAAGUUCGAAAAUGAGUGCGAACGUGUGUUGAAAACAAACGGGGUAUGUGCAAUAUUUGGAAGAGUUAUCAAUUCAAUCAAGCCAAUAUUGAAUGGAGAAGAGAUUGCAACGCCUACAUAUCCGUUUUAUAAUUUUUAUGAAGAUUUCUUUGUCGACAUCAAUGCUGACAAAAGAGAUACAAUUGUCAUUGACGGGUAUGCGGAAACGUUCAAUAAGAUACAAAAUGACUCCAAAGAAUGGUUUGAGGAGCUAACUUACAGAGAGAAAAUUGGGAACACCUUGGUAGAUCUAAAAAAUUUUAUGUCGACUCUAGGUGAAUACCAAACUUUAAUGGAAACUCAAAAACCCGAUAUCGAUCCUUUAACAGUGAUGGCAAGCAAGGUGAAAAAACUCUUCAAUAUGGAAGGCGUACCAGACGAAGAUGUCAAACUGAGUGCAGAAGCGAUUGUUAGCAUGUUUGUGUUUACUAAACGUGGCUAAUCGACCAUCA